AUGGCACAGCUACUGAAGGCCUUCGGCUUCAGCUGUCAUGAAGAAAGUAUACGUCAAAAUCCUACCGUAGUGAUCCCAGAUGACGAUGGUGAGACAGCAUUGGAAAUGAGGUGGCGUUUGUUGCCUGGUUGGUCUGCACUAAAAGCCAUGAAGUUGUCGGCAGCAAUAAUGAGUACGGACACAAAUAAAUCUAUGAGCACUUUAAAUGCCAUGUGUCUCAACGCGGUCAGUGAACAGUUGGAUGUUUUGGGGACAAGAGCCAUACUUGGUCUUCCGGAGAAACUUCUAAAAGAUCUUCUUCCCUAUUUGGAUGUGAUCCAGCUGGAUGAGCUUCAAGCAGGCCUCAACCUCAAAGGAAUAUCCACGCUGUCUUCAUGGGUGGAACUCUCCCGGCGAUUGCAAGGCAGAGGCAAAAUGUCCCAGGAUCACACGGAGCAAGGCGUGAAACAAGCGGUCAUGGAGCAGAUAUUUGCCGCGGUCAUCAACGACUGCCACCUUUCUGCCACUGUUUGGAAGCAUUUAAACACCUCAACCUUGUUUUUGGCGGCAGCUAAAAGCGUCAACUCCCUGACACUGUCCUCCGAGCACAACUUUGAGGGCAAAUUUGUAAGCAAAUGUCGACAGACGCCUGUUCUCAGCGUUCUAGAGAAGACUGUUACUAAACUCACAUUGUGGUUGGAGAAGACUGAGCCCAGGGAGAAGGAGGAAUUACUGAUGGGCAUCAUCCAUCGCCUGGUGCAGCACGGCGUCACCAAACAUGUCAUUCUACGCACCUGUGAAGACAGACUCUUAUCUAAAGUGCUCUUGGCUGCAGGAUGUCUAAGCAGGGAACACACUCGCGAUGAUGAAGAGGACAAAGAAGGCCCCCCGGCAAAGAAGCACAAAUACGUUUUUUGUGAAAAAGUCCCGACUUACACGGAGUGUCCGAAAACAGCCUUUGAACAUCUGGAACUGGUGGACUGUUCGUCCAGUCUCUAUUGGAAGCUGACAAAAACACUUCCUUCCUGCUCCAACUUGACGUCUCUGACGCUGCGCAGCCACAUGGCGGUGUGGCGCUGA